AUGUACAGUAUCCAUAUGAAAGCACCAACCAGAACGUCGUCCGUGAUUAUAUUAGGCUAUUUGGCUAUCUCAACUACUUUGCCAUUUCUAUUAUCGUAUAAGGAAUCGAUUGAUAAUACAUACUAUACCAAGGGGAAUGCUAAUGCCAGGUCGUUAUUCAACAAGAUUUGA